AUGGGCGGCGCUGAUUACUUACCAACAGCGGUUUCAUUAGAAAGCUUAAUGGAAAACUGUAAUAAGCUGCUCGACAAGUUCCACUAUACCUGGGAGAUGAUGCCAUUGGUCCUGGUCAUCUUGAAUUACGCAGGCAGUGACGUAGACGAGGCCGCGCGGAAAAUAGAGGAAGUGCUUAAACAAUACGGUAGUUCGAGCUACAUUGUAGCGAGCCUAGACGCCUAA